UAAUAUACUGUGCAUGCUCGCUGUGCAUGUGACUGAGAAACUAGUUUUCAACAUUGAUCUGAAACAAGUUUGCAAAUAACAGUGGCCUUAUUCAGAAGAAUUGAACACACUAUGGCCAGUGAGAGUAGAAGUCAGGGAGGCAUAUUACUGCAAACUUUUGGAUCCCUGAAAGAAUCCAGUGAAGAGUUUAAAGAGAUUGAAGAGGCCAUCAAUGAAGGUGACGAUGAUAUGUUGGACCGUAUUCGGGACUGGCUAAGGGGCAACAGUGUCAAUACAGUCAAUGAGUAUCAAGCAACUGCACUGCAUCUCGCGGCCUCUAGCUUCAGGAUAGAAGUAGCGAAACUGCUGUUGGAGCAUGGUGCAGACCCUAAUAUGGUUGACCAGGAACAGAAAACGGUGCUGCACUAUCUAUGUGCACUUCCUAGUAAGAACAACAUCACUGCGUUUUUCAAAUUGCUCCUAGACCAGAAAAAGAUUGAUCACUUUAAUCCUAUUGAUGGUGAAAAUAUGACGCCACUUCAUUUUGCUGCUGAGAAUGGUCAUUUGGAGGUUGUCAAUGAGCUGUUAGAGAAGGGGGCUGACAUGAAGGCUCGUGAUGACAAUAUGGACACACCUGUCCACAAGGCCGCAGAAGCAGGACAGACAAAAAUUGUGAAAGUGUUCUUUGAGAAGGAUGCCGACUGUGUCGUACUGCCUGGCUACAACGAUGAGACCCCAUUGCAUAAGGCUGUGUUUGGGGGACACAUAGAAACCGUCAAGUUAAUCCUAGGGUACAAACCCAAUGUCAAUGCUAGAUCCACUAAUGAUGAGACUCCUCUCCAUUUCGUAGCGUUUGGAGGGAGCAUUGAAAUUGCCCAGAUUCUUCUCAAUGAAGGUGCUGAAGUCAACCCUCUUUCCAACAAGUACACAAAAUCACCCUUUCACAAGGCUGCUUACUACGAUCAAGCAAAGUUGGCAAUCUUUCUUUUGGAGAACAAAGCUGAUGUCAGCAAUGCAGCAUUCAGAGAUAUCAUCUCUGAGGGCUAUGAGAACAUCGCUAAAGCAGUCAUUGAAAACGAUCAGUGGCCACUUGCUCUUCGUGGUAGAUACAAACGCCGAGGAAAGUAUACGACAGCUUUAAGGGAACUGAUUGUAAAAAUGCCAGAUGUUGCAUUGCAAGUGCUAGAUCACUGUAUCGUUGAAACUCCUUAUUGCUCUGAUCGUAAAAACACUCAUUUUGUUUACAACUAUGAGUUCCUCGAUGACGUUCCAAAGGAAGAGGUGAAGAUUGAGAGGAGAGAGCCAUGGAAGAAGAAGACUUAUGGUUGCAGUUACGAUGAAAUUUGUCGUAGAGACUCGGAGCCUCCUCUCACUCAGGAUAUUUCUCAUCCUGCAUGCAGCAAGCAUCCUCUACAAAUCAUGGUUGAUCAAAAGGAGUUAGAUUUGUUGAAACAUCCAGUGGUCGGCUCUCUAUUCCAUUACAAGUGGAAAAGAUUUGGAAUAAUUGGUUACGUUGUCAAUCUACUGACCUACGCCGUGUUCCUAUCUCUGCUCACUGCUUUUGCCCUGCUAGUACCCAACCCACAGUCUCCUCAGUGUGCAUGUACGAACAACACAGUGCCUACAGAAAAUGGGACAUUGGUCAACUGUCCGUAUACUACUGCUGAGCUAAAGGCAUUUCUCAUUGUAUCAUCAGCUAUUGUACUGCUCUUGGCUGUAGCUCGGCUUUUCUUUGAGACAAUCCAGUUCAUCACCAAAAGAUUGUCUUACCUUACUGACUGGAUUAACUGGGUAGAAAUUAUUCAGUAUGUCACCACAAUAAUAUUUGUGGUGGUGUAUAGUACAGACAAUUUCUGUGUCUUGAACUGGCAGUGGCAAAUUGGAGUGAUUUCAAUAUUCCUGGGAUGGAUUAAUCUCAUCUUGUUUGUUUCAAAGCUACCGUUUGUGGGGAUUUACGUUCUCAUUUUUAUUAAAAUAUCCAUGACCUUCUUGAAGAUGCUGCUCUUGACCAUACUGUUGAUAGUGUCCUUUGGGAUACCAUUUUUUAUGGUUUUCUUCGACGUGAAUGCCAUCCGUUCUCCAUUUUCGGGUGUUCCUCGAUCGCUGCUUAAAGUGAUGACCAUGACAACUGGUGAGCUGGACUAUGACACGAUAUUUCGUUUGGAUCCGUCUGGUGGAAGUGAUGGUGCAGACGAAAUACGUUUCCCUCCGAUUUCAGUCAUUCUCUGGAUCAUAUUCAUCAUACUUAUGCCGAUCAUCCUCACCAACAUGUUGACUAGUUUAGCUGUCGGUGACACUGAAGAAGUUCGGAAGGAAGCGAAACUAAAAAAGAUACAAUUACAGGUUGAACAAGCAUUGUCAAUGGAAGAACUGGUAGUAGCCUUUCAGAAAUGGUUCAAGUGUUGCCUGCCUAAAGGUUGGAAGCGGGCUAAAACUUCGCAAACAUUAUACCUAAAUUCAAAAAACAGCAGAAUUGAGCAACUCGGAUUCAUAUUGUGGGAAGGAGACUUAGGAGAGCGUUAUGACAACAUUCAAGCCAUUACUCGUGUUUUGUCCCUUCCAGAGAAUGCAAACAAAGAAGUGUUGGAGAUAGCUGGCGCAAUAAAUGAGAAAGUAUCUAAAAUGGAGACAACGCUUUUGGAAUUUAAGAAUGAAAUUGAUGAUAAAAUACACAGUAUGGAAAAUACUCUCAAGAAUGCAAACAAAGAAGUGUUGGACAAAGCUGACGCACUAAAUGAGAAAAUGGAGACAACCCUUCGAGAAUUUAAGUCACUCUUGGAAAAAAUUGGAAAGGAGGGCCGAUUGUCUUAAAUGUCCAAGUUUAUGCUCUCUUCUACUACUGAACUGUUGAUUUAUUAAGGUUUUUGAUUCUAUUAUAAUAUAAUUUUUCUGUAUUGCUGUAUUACGAGUGUGCAAUGUGCAGUUUAGUUCAAGUUCCAUUGUCUGAUCAUAACUCAAAUGUCGAAGUUUUACGUGACAGUUGCUGAUAAUAUUUUUAGUAUCAGGGUUUAUUUCUAUACAUUUUGCUGUAUUGUUGUAUGAGUGUGCUUCUAUUUCCGUG